AUGGCAUCGGAGCGGCUCAUUCAUUUGGUCUCCCAGCAAAAGCCACUUUAUGAUAAAGAAAGCAGUGAUUAUAAAGAUGCUGAGCUAAAGGACAAAAUAUGGCAGGAGAUCGCGGAGCAGCUUGGAAUCGGGGACGUCGAAGCAGUGAAGAAAAUGUGGCGGAACCUGCGAGAUACCUACGUCCGCAACAACAGAGAUGGACAGGGCAGGAGUGGACAAGCUGCCAUUAAGAAGAAGAAGUGGAAGUAUAUGGACGUAAUGGCUUUCCUUCAAUCUUCCACAACAAAGAGAAGGUCAGAUAGUAAUAUUGAGAUGGAGGAAGAGGAGGAGGAAGAAAUUGAGGGAGAGGUCAGCACUGAAAUAGUGAGGGCCAGCGAUGAAGAGGGAGUUCCAGAGAUGGAGAACAGCUCAGGCUCAGCUUCUUCCAGUAGCAGCGGUGCCAAGCGCAAGAAGAGAGUAGAUAGUGAAGACAGCAUUGGGAGAGCCUCUGCAGAUGCCCGGUUUCCCCUUGGCCUCUGGAGGUCCAGCAGACAGGGGUUGUUGUUCCCUGCAGUUGCAGAGUUGUCUUCCUCACUGCCGCCCUGA